ACUCCAACCCCCAUGAUGCAUUGCGUUGGCAAUAUGGCGUCUCACGUAGUAGCUUGACUUCUGUAAACAAGUCAAAACACUGCCAGGGGUCAACCGGGUAGUGGAACGCGCUCAAAUACGUAUUUUCGAGACGACAGGAUGAAACUGUUGCUCGCCGCACUGAGACAAACCCACAAGGCAGCCGCUCACACCGGACAGCGGCGCCGCCGGAGCUCCCGAGCCGCCGGCGGCCUCGGUCCUCUCCGGGAGGAGGCUCUCGUCGUCGGAUCAAGCCGGGAGCUCGUACGGAGACUCGGCUCACAGGCGGAGGUGAGGACGGGCUUCAUCUCCAAGGAGGAAGAGGGGGCUCUGCUGCGAGAGCUGGAGCCAGGCCUGAAGAAGAAACGCUACGAAUUCGACCACUGGGACGAUGCUAUCCACGGGUACCGAGAGACUGAGCGCGUGCGGUGGGGGUCAGCGUGUGAGGAGGUCGUGAGUCGGGUCCGGUGCACAGCGUUUCCUGAGGGUAGUCAACUCCUCGGGCCUGUGCACAUUCUCGAUCUGGACAAGACUGGCUACAUCAAGCCUCACAUUGACAGCAUCAAGUUCUGUGGUAGCACCAUUGCUGGUUUGAGUCUCCUAUCGGACAGCAUCAUGCGCUUGGUGAAGGAGGAUUCCAGCAAUGAAUGGAUGGACCUGCUGCUCCCCCGACGUUCCCUCUACAUUCUGAGGGACCAGGCCAGAUAUGACUUCACUCACCAAAUUCUGAAAGACGAGGAGUCUGUGUUCAAUGGGCGGAAAGUUCCUCGGCUGCGUCGGAUCUCCGUCAUCUGUCGAAACCUUCCAGGAUAAAACCCACUUCCCCACGACACACAAUAUCUUGGAUUUAAUUGAUUGGUCAAAUUGAUUUGUGUUUAUAUAUACAUACACAUCUAUAGUGUGUGUCCAGGACAGUUAUUGCAGUAGAGACACUUGCCCUACAGACAUACUUUCAGUGAUCACAAUCACCUGUCGCUCUUUUCACUGGAGCAUAGUUCAAGAUUUGCGAUGGCUGAUGUAAAGUGACUGCGGGUUUCUACACAACGUGCCGUCGUGGUUGUAAUUUAAAUUAACAUUGAACAAUUGCAAUACAAUGCCUCUGGUUGGAUUCUCUACUUCUGCACAGUACAGAAAACCAUGUGAGUUAUUUCCAAAUAAAAUGUAUGUGAACAUGGA